AUGCAACUCCUUCCACUUUUCGCGGUCUUCGGACUGGCUCUAGCAGAGACCGGUAUUAAUGGCUGGCUACGCUAUGCUGCAUUGCCAUCUUCAGUAUCAUGGCCAUCUAUCCCUAAACACAUCGUCGUUCUCAACACCACCAAGACAAGUCCUGUCUAUACCGCAGGCCAGGAGUUGCAACGCGGUAUUCAAAGCAUUCUUGGCCAAGGCUGUCAUAUCUCGAACGACAAGCACGAGGAAUCUAUAGUUGUGGGUACGCUUGAUGCAUAUGUUGCUGCUUAUGGAAAACUCAACGAGUCUGUUGAGCUCAAAGGAGAUGGCUAUUGGCUGAGUACAGGAAGCAAGACUGUGAUCUUGGGACAAAACGAAAGAGGUGCACUAUAUGGAGCUUUCGAAUACUUGUCCAUGCUGGCACAAGGACACUUCUCGACUGUCUCGUACGCGUCCAGUCCGGACGCACCGAUCCGAUGGGUCAAUCAAUGGGACAACUUGGAUGGCAGCAUCGAACGAGGCUUCGGUGGUGCUUCGAUCUUCUUUGCGAACGGCACUGUUGUCAAUGAUUUGACCAGAGUGUCAGAGUAUGCACGACUUCUUGCUUCUGUGGGCAUCAAUGCCGUCGUCGUCAACAACGUUAAUGCCAACGCCACCCUCCUUUCGCCUCACAACAUUGAUGGCCUUGGAAGAAUCGCGGAUACCAUGCGUCCGUAUGGCGUUCAAGUCGGAAUCGCCCUAUACUUUGCCUCUCCCUCGUCUGGAGUUCAAGGACAAGCCAAUCUCACUACUUUCGAUCCCCUUGACCCUAGUGUCGUCACCUGGUGGUCGAAUGUCACCGAACAGAUCUAUGAGCGGGUACCCGAUAUGGCUGGAUAUCUCGUCAAGGCCAACUCUGAAGGUCAACCAGGACCUCUGACGUACAAUCGCACUCUUGCCGAGGGAGCAAACCUCUUUGCCAAAGCUUUGCAGCCACACGGUGGUAUCGUCAUGUUCAGAGCGUUUGUGUAUAAUCAGCUCAAUGAGAGUGAUUGGAAAGCCGAUCGUGCCAAUGCUGCUGUUGACUUUUUCAAGCCUUUGGAUGGCCAGUUUGACGAUAAUGUUGUUGUCCAGAUCAAGUAUGGGCCUAUCGACUUCCAGGUCCGAGAGCCUGCAUCGCCGCUCUUUGCGAACUUGUAUCAUACGAAUACGGCAAUUGAGUUGCAAGUUUCACAGGAGUAUCUCGGUCAGCAGACUCAUCUAGUAUAUCUUCCGCCUUUGUGGGAUACUAUACUGGGCUUUGAUAUGCGUGUUGACAACCAGACAUCGCUUGUUCACGAUAUCAUCUCUGGACGCACUUUUGAUCGUCCAUUGGGGGGCUAUGCAGCUGUGGUCAAUGUUGGGACCAAUCAAACCUGGCUAGGUAGUCACCUUUCGAUGGCCAACUUCUAUGCUUAUGGUCGGCUUGCCUGGAACCCCGCCGAAGACACCACAAAGAUUCACGAGGAAUGGACUCGUCUAACAUUUGGCCUUGACCCACAGCUGGUCAAUACGAUCACCAACAUGGCACUCGAAUCAUGGCCUGCAUACGAGAACUACAGCGGUAACCUUGGCGUUCAAACGCUAACUGACAUCUUAUACACUCAUUUUGGACCCAAUCCUCAAUCACAAGAUAACAACGGCUGGGGUCAGUGGACACGAGCAGACCACAACACAAUCGGCAUGGACAGGACAGUCUCAAACGGCACCGGAUACGCAGGGACCUAUCCCCCUGAGGUCGCCGCAAUAUACGAGAACAUCUCCACCACACCCGACAACUUACUCCUUUGGUUCCACCACGUCCCCUACACGCAGCAACUCAAAUCAGGCAAAACAGUGAUCCAACACUUCUACGACGCACACUACUCCGGAGCAGAGACAGCACAGACAUUUGCUACGCAAUGGCAAACUUUAGCAAGCAAAAUCGACACUCAGCGCUUCAAUGAGCAACUCUGUCGUCUUAAGUACCAAGCUGGACACUCACUGGUCUGGAGAGAUGCAAUUUGCAAUUUCUACCAUAAUGUUUCCGGUAUUGCUGAUGAGCUCAAUCGCGUGGGUAAUCAUCCCUGGCGUAUUGAAGCGGAGAGUAUGACGUUAAAGGGUUACAAGCAAUACACUGUGAGCCCAUUCGAAACAGCAUCGAACUACCAUGCCGUAGUCACCAGCGACAACAUUACAACAGGCUCUGUAUCCACUACACUCCACUUCCCCUCUGGCAUCUACGACAUCGGCGUCAACUUCUACGACUUGUAUGGUGGAGAAUCACACUUCGAAAUGCUGAUUAACAAUAAAGGUGUUGCGACAUGGAGAGGCGAUAGUGAGGAUUAUUUGGGUCAUACACCUUCGAUUUAUUUGGAUGGGCAUUCAGCGAGGAGAAUCACGUUCGAGGGUGUUGCUGUGAAGGAGGGCGAUGUGUUUGGAAUUGUCGGAACACCUGAUGGUAUAGAGCCUGCUCCGUUGGACUAUAUGGUGUUCUUGCUGAAGGGAGUUCUUGAUUGA